AUGCCGGUGCCUAUCGGCAAUCCCGGGGACCUGCUGUACACAUGCAUUCUCAAGAACGCGUGGGGUGCGGAGGUGUCUCCGCUGCACGACGUGCCCCUAUUCUCCUCUUCCGCCAGUUUCCACUUCGUCUGCCUCUGUCCACGUGGCUCAACCUACGACAUGGCCAUUUCGUUAACCGAGCGUCUCAGCCCGUUAAAGUCCCGCCUCGUUAACAGAAACCUAUCGCGCCUGUCAGAGCCAUCUCCAUGGCACUUCGGCUUGCUGCCGCAGACGUUAGCGAACGAGGAAUUUCCAUCGGAAGUUGCCGGCUUGUCGAACGACAACCAGCCGCUCGAUGCGAUCGAAUUAGGGUUCGGCGUGCGACAGGUGGGCGACGUGUACGAGGUGCGGCCCAUCGGCGCGUUUGGGCUCGUCGACCCGCUCACCAGGGCGCUUUCGUGGAAGGUUCUGGUGGUGGCGUGGGACGACCCGCUGUUCGGGCGCGCGACGGGCCUGGACGACGUCGAGUCGCUGUUCCCGGGGGUCACGGAUCGCCUGCGCGCAUGGCUCGCGCGCUACCGCUCGAGGCCGGGACGAGCCCCCAAGGCGCAGGCGGUGUUUGCGCAGGGCGGGCGGCCGGCGUCCCCCGACACGGUGAUGCGCGUGGUGGCGGAGGCGAACGCGUGCUGGCAGCUCUUCAAGGCUACUCGCUGGCCCGACGCGCCCUCCCCCCCCGCUGCUGCCGCUGCGCCCACCUACGACCACCAGCAGCCGCAGCAGCAGCAGUGGGAAGGGGAAGUGCGGGUGGGCGCAGGCGGAGUGGCGUCGAGUCGCAGGCGGCGCAGCAGCCGCGGUAGCAGCGUGAGCAGUGGCGCUGGGAGCGGGGGUGGGGACAGCGGAAGCGUGGUGGAGUGGGGCGGGGGAGCGCAGGUGCUGCGGAUAGAGGGGGCGUCGGAGGGCGAGAGAGAGGCGUACGCGGGAGCGGAGAGACGCGGGAUGGAGAGGGGCGCAGGACUGGACGGGUGGAGGGGCAGGGGGAGUGGCACGGCGCAAGCAGGGCCAGCUGCUGAUGCUGAUGCUUGUGCGCCUCACGGCGUUGACUCGCGCGACUUGCUUGACCGUCAGUUUGAACGGCUGAUGCAACCUGAUUUGCACCGCCCGUUUGAACAACGCCACCAUCCCUAUGAGGAAUACUCGUUUCACGAGCACUCGUUAGUGGAUCACUCGAUAGACAGCUCGCUGGAAGGAGGAGCCGUGCAGCGGCGGGCACUGGGAGGCGAAGUGGGUUGGGACAGCCCCGACAGAACCGCCGCCUGGGGCGCGCAUGACGCCCGCGCGCACGCCGCGGAAGGGAGGGGGGUCUGGGAUGGGGUGAGCGGGGGGGAGGAUGUGCGGGGCGGAGUGGAGGGGGGAGGGGCGCGGGAUUGGCGGGGGGCGCACGGGGAGGAGCGGCUGGAGGAUGGGUUGGUGGGCGGCGCGAGAGAGCUUAGCUUCGCACGGGGCUUGGCGCGUGGCGACGGGGGCUGCGACGACGGGCGACGCGGGAGUGAGUGGCGCGGGGCGGAGCGAUUUCUGGGUGGCCAGGCGGAAGCGGAGCUGGAUGGGGGGACGUUUGAGAGUGGUUCAGGUGGGUUCGGGGUGCAGAUGGCGUGGGACGAGAGGGGUGUGGGGGAGGGGGGCGCGGGGAGUGUGUACCAUUCUGAUGGGUACGCGCGCGGUUAUACCACCUCCGACGCUGAUACUAGCGCGUGGGAGGGGCGCGAGGGGGACGACGGGGACGAGGAGGAGGAAGAAGAGGAGGAGGAAGGUGAGGAGGGAGAGGAGGAAGAGGGGGAGGAUGGGAUGUCGGUGAUGGAGAGGAGUGUGGAUGGGGAGGAGGAGAGGGGAGAGAGUGGCACGGAGGAGAGUGCGGAGGGAAGUGAGGGGAGGGAGGAGGAGAGUGAGGAGGAGAGUGAGGAGGAGAGUGAGGAGGGGAGGGAGGAGGGGAGGGAGGAAGGGAGGGAGGAGAGCAAUGGGGAUGAGGGGUACAGGGAGGAGCAUGGGCAGGAGAGCGUAUGGAUGGGCCGAGCGCGAGACGGGAUCGUGGAUGAGGCUGGCAUGGGUGGCAGCAUGGGUGGCAGCAUGGGUGGCAGCAUGGGUGGCAGCAUGGGUGGCAGCAUGGGUGGCAACAUGGGUGGCAGCAUGAGUGGCAGCAUGAGUGGUGAGGAGCAGCAGCAGCAGCAGCAGCAGCAGCAGGAGCAGCAGCAGCAGCAACAGCAACUGCAGCAGCAGCAACAACAGCAACUGCAGCAGCAGCAACAACAGCAGCAGCAGCAGCAGUAUCAGCAACAGCAACAGCAACAGCAGCAGCAACAGCUGCAGCAACUGCAGCGGCAGCUGCACCAGCAGCUACAGCAACAGCAACAACAGCAGCAGCUACAGCAGCAGCAGCAGCAGCAGCAGCAGCUACAGCAGCAGCAGCUGCCUGCGUCCCUGUCUUUGCUCCGCUCUCUCUCCCUCACCAACAGCCGCCCCCCCCUCAACCACCCCCCGCACGCCCCCUGCUCCUCCGUCUCCUCCAGCCCCGCGCACACCCCCCGCGCCCACCACCCCCUCGCCGCCAGCGCCGCCAGCAGCCCCACUGCCGCGCACCCUCCGCUCCCCUCCGCGCUGCACCCGCCCUUCAGCCACGCGCCCGCCCACGCGUCUGACCGCCGCCGCUCCUUCCCGCUCCACGCGCACCGCCACUCGCUCUCCCACAUGCACCACAUGCGCCUGCCGCCACACCAGCGCCAGCAGGCGCAGCAGAGGGCGCAGGCGGGGGUGGGCGCGGAGCGGCAGAUGCACAGGCAGGGCGCAUUAGAUGAUGGCGCCAUGGCGGGCGGGGAUGGGCGCAUGGAGCAGAACGGCCAAGCAGGGGCGGAGGGCGGUGUGGCGGGCGCAGGGGGCGCAGGGGGGGCUGGGGGCGGAAGGUUGUUCCGCAAGGCCAACUCCAGCUCCCCCCGCACGCUCAACCGCCCCUCCUCCGCCUCCAGCAGCCCGGGUAACGCGCCUGCGCGCCCCUCGGGGCAGGGGGGCGCGGCGCUGGAGCGGCCACUGGCGCCACUGAGGAGAGACGCGGCGGCGCUCAUCCCGGGGCUGCUGAGGGCGCGCGGGGGGAACGCGCAGGGGCGCAUCAUGCGCUCCCAGUCGCUCUGCCAGGGCGCGUUUGGGGACGUGCUGGGCGGCCAGAGCAGCGGAUCGCCAGGGGACCCCUCUCAGUCUGCUGCGCCUGGUGGCGGUGGCGCGUUGGGUGCUGUGGCGGAUGGUGGCGCGAUGGUGCUUGAGCGGUCCAUGUCCUUCACAUCCGUGGAUGGCGCAGGGGGGGUGCCGCAGAUGCACGCGGAGCAGCAGGCGUCAGUUCCGCCACUCCCCCCUGCACCCGCCGCUACAAGCGCGGGCCCCAUACCUCUCCGCUGGCCCCCCAACGCCCACUCCCCCUCGCCCCCCUCCGCAGUGGCGCGCUCCUCCUCAUCCCCCGCGCACGUGCCUGUUCCACCCGCUGCCACGGCUGCCAUCCCCCCCCAGCAACCCCCCCCUGCGCCCCCGCAGCAGCACAUGCGGCGGUCGCGCUCCAUGUCCCAGUCCGCGUUCGGCCCGUCCCUGCCCUUCCUCUCCCUCGCCCAACCCCCCCAUGCCCUCUCUCUUGCGUCCGCGCCACCGCCGCUGCCCCCGCCAUCACAGCAGCAGCAGCAGCAGCUGGUUUCCCCGUCCCGUUUAAAACUCUCUCAGAGCUACAAUGCUGGGGAGGGCACCGUCCCUUGUUCCUCCCCUGCUCACGCACACAACCUCACCCAGCGACCCCUCUCACAGUCACGCUCGCACACCUCUAUCCCGGUACAGGCACAAUCCCAGGUCUUGAUCCCGAUACUAUCACAAUCCCUAGCCUCCAUCCCACUACAGUCACAGCGCCUCCCUCCUGCACGUUCGUCCCUCUCUCCUUCCCGUGACCUCUCCUCCCCUCGCGAGCCCUCUCUUGUCCCCCGCUCCUCCUCCUCCUCCUCCUCCGCCUCCUCUCGCCCUCUCAGGCCGCCUGUCCCCCCGCCAGCUCCCGCCCUCCCCCCUGCCUGCGCCUCCUCCCCGCCCCUGCGCCCCUCGCGCAGAAUGCAGCGCCGCCACACCCUUCCCCCGCGCGUGCUCGAUGCUACCCCUGGGGGAGGGGUGGCAGGGGGAGGAAAAGGGGGCGGGGCGGAGGGUGAGCAGCAGGGGGAGUCUGAGCGUGGGGGCGGCAGUUGGGGGGAUCGGACAGGGGGGGGAGAGGGCGAGGAGGAGGACGAGUUUGUGAGGGCGGCAGCAGCAGUGUCAGGGGUGGAGGUGCUGGUGCUGGGGAGGGCAGCGCGGGGCACAGGCAUGAGCGGUCCAGAUGCAGUGAAUGUGGACCGCCUGAGACCCGUGCAGCAGCAGCAGCAGCAACAGCAGCCGCCGCCGCCACCACCACCACCACUGCCGCCACAGCAGCAGCAGCAGGCACCGGCACAACGACAGCCACAGUCACCGGCACGGCAAGCGCAGCAGCAGCAGGGGGCACGAGGGCAGGACGCGCGGAGGCAGCAGGGCAUGGCGGGCGGGAGGGAGGCAGGAGCUAGGCCCCCGCGCAUGGUGCGGCAUGGCAGGAGCGGCAGCCUGGCAGACGUGAGCAGCAUGGCCCUGGGCGGCAUGGGCGGCAUGGGCAUGGGCAUGGGGGUGGGCAUGGAGGUGGGGGUGGGGAUGGGGAUGGGGAUGGGGACGGGGGUGGGGAUGGGGAUGGGGAUGGGGAUGGGGAUGGGGGGAGCAGCAGAGAUCAGCGGCCGGGGCAUGGGUAUGAUGGGGACAGGAGGUAGAGGCGGAAUCGGGGUAAUUGGGGGAGGAAUGGGCAACAGCAGCGCAGCAGCAGGCGGUAUGAGGCAGAGCGUUCUGUUGAAUCCACAGGCGCAGCCACAAGCAUCCUCCUCCCUGGCUCCUCGCAGCCUGGACCCCUUUCCUUCCGCGGUCGCAAGCAAUGCGGUGCAGAUGGGUGCCAGGGGUGGCGUCAUGGGUGCAGCAGGAGCAGGGGCAGCAGGGCGGGGCACAGGUGAUGGUAGGAGCGGGCAAGCAGCAGGUGUGGAAGGAGGAGGGGGAGGGGAAGGAAGAGGUGGAGGAGCGGGAGGAGCAUCAGGGGCAGCAGUAGCGGCGGCAGCAGCGGAAGGCGAGGAGGCGGGCAUGGUGUUUCAGCGCUCCAUCAGUCUGUCGGCGCGCCUCUUUGCCGACAAGGAUGCCAUGGCUGCCCCCCUCGGAGGCCCCGUGGGAACUGGCACGGGAGCAGGUGUGGGAGGGGCGGAGGGGCGGGGAGGCGCUGGGCGGGAGGGUGAGGCUGGGGGGCCGCCCAGAGCGCUGGCAGAGGGUGUGCGAUCAGAAGGAAGAGGGCCAGGGCGGUUGGGUGCGGUGCCAGGCGGUGGUGGCAGGGGGCGGGGCCGCGCGGGUGGGAGGCGGCACAUGCGGUUUGCGAGUGUGGACCUGAGCCGUGCUGCUGACGGCCUGGGCUUUCAGGUGGGCAGCCUGGUGGGGGAGGAGCCUACGAGGCAGCGCAUGGUGUGCACUGUGGCGGGCAUCCCCGCCUCUGACUCCCUCCCCUCGCCCACCUCCCACCCGCCCUCCGCCGCUCCCCGUCCUGCCCCUGCCUCCGCAUCCCACCGCCCCCUCCCUGCCACGCCCCACCCCUCUCAAACUGCCGCCUCUCCCAUGCGCCCUCGGCCCCCCUCGGGCUCGCCCCCCUCUGCGCGCCCUGCGCUCUCUCAUGUGCGCCAUCCCUCCUACAUCUGGCCCCAUGUGCACUCCGCACCUCCCGCUCCCGCAGGGAGCACGACAGAUUCUGCUGCUGCUGCUGGCCGCCGUGCUGCUGCUGCUGGUGCUGCUGCUUCAGCUGCAGCUUCCGAUGUAUCAGCUGCUGCCACUCCUCAUGCUCCGUCUGCUGCACCAGCUGCCACUGGUGCUCGCACUGGUGGCGGUGCUGCCCGUGCGGAUGGUGCUGGCAGUACUGGUGGUGCAGGGACUGCUGGCAGGGGCUCCGGUGUGGGUGACACAGCUGAGGCAGAGGGGGGAGUGUCGUCCCCACCCAGCAGCAGCGGGGGCGAGUGGGAGCACUCACCAGAUCACCUGUUCAUGCGCCACCAGACCACCCCCUGCCGCCUGCAGGGCGCUCACGAGCACGCCGACGCCCAUGCGCACGGCCUGGCACUGUCCCCCGCGGCUGCCCCUGGCAGCGCGGCAUCGCUGGUGUCAGAUGGGCCGGGGUCGGAGGCGGGCAGCUCGUGGGGCGAUGGCGAGCAGUGGGAGGCGCACCUGGCGCUGCAUGGCGGUGCGGGGCAGGGUGGCGGGGCGGACGGGCAUGCGGACGGGCAGUGGCAUGGCGGGCAGCAGCAGCAUGAGAGGCAGCUGUCCCCGCUGAAGCCGCGAGACGCAUCUCCACAGGCGAGCCUGCAGCAGGCCCUGCCUCCCCACCAGCAGGCAACGUCGGCUCUGCACACACCUCCCCGGCGCACCCCCCUGCAGCAACAGCAGCAGCAGGGACAGCAGGGGCAGGCGCAGGGGCGCACUGCCGCUCCAUCGCUCACCGCACCCUCUGCCAUCCCGCACACUCUCUCACCUGCCCGCUCGCCUGCUCAUGCAACCUCCCAUGCUCCUCACCUCACUCCCCUGCAGCGGCAGCAGCAGCAGCAGCUGCAGAAACUCCACCAGGCACAGACCGCCCCGGCAGCACAGGGGGGGUUCCGUAGCAUGAGUGUGGGCGCCGCACACUACACCUCACAAUAUACCUCCAAACUCUCUCAACCCGCCCUCCCCCCAGCCUCCCCCCAGCGCCCUAUUCCUGGCUUCUCCCCUCUGAUUGCCGCCCGCAAUUCCAUGUCUGCGCCAGCCGGGCAGAUGAAACACCGCAAGUCGGGCAGCUUCGACAAAGGCUCAGGGAAGCGGCGGGUUCCGGGCAGCUUGGGGAAGCUGAGGAUGAACAAGGAGAGGGGGUGGUGGGGUGGCGGCCCAGGGGUGGGGAGCGGUGCUGCGGCUCAUGGCAGUGGUGCUGCUGGUGGUACUGGUACAACUGCUGCUGCUGCUGCUGCUGCUGCUGCUGCUGCUGCUGCUGCUGCUGCUGCUGGUACUGCUGGUGGUGCCGGUGGUGGUGGAGGUGGUGGGAGGAGACACGGGGGAGCAGCAGGGAGUGGGGGCAAGGCGUCGGUGGCAUCAGCGCUGAUCAGCCCACGCAUCGUGGGCAAGUCCAUCUUCUCGCGCUCUGCCACCACCGCUGCCCCCUCCUCCUCCUCCACCUCCCACUCCACCGACCCUGACGCUGAUUCCCACGGGACCUCCAAGGGCAACUGGCGGCGCCUCGUGGGCAAGCGGGCAGGCAGCCCGCAGCACGGGAGGUCGCGCGGGCACGGGGGCAGUGGUAGCAGCAGCAGCGGGCAUGGAGGGGUGGUCUCACGUGCCGCGCGUGCGGUGACGGUGUUUAAAGCCGGGCACAAGGGGGGCGUGGGGCACAAGCUGGGGUUUAAGGGCAUGGGUGCGGUGAGCCUGCCGCUCAUGGGGGGAGGAGGGGGGAGCCACGGGGCGAUGCAUGACGGCAUGAGUCUGCUGACUGCAGGCGAAGAGGCUGUAGCCCUGGCGUUAGCAGCGGCGGCGGCAGCGGCAGCGGCAGCAGCGGCGGCGGAGGUGCCGUGGGUGGCGAUGGUGGUGCCGGGGGAAGAGAGCGAGGGUAUGCUGCCGUCAUCCCCGCAUGGGGGGCUGGCGUCGCCUCUGCCGUUCAAGGCGGGCAACGAGUGGGCCAUGGAGGUGCGCGCUCGCAUGCAGUGUGAUGAGACUGCCAGUGGUAACUACGAGCUCUGGGAUGAGCAGCUCUCUGCUCCUGCUGCUGCUGCUGCUGCUGGCGAGGGCGGGGAGGAGGGCGCACCAGCAGCAGGGGACUCGGCAGGAGCUGAAGCAGCAGCGGCAGGAACAGGUAAGGAGGGGGCAGCAGGGGGUGCGAGUGCGGGGGCGGCAGGCGGCACAGGAGGCGCGGAGGGUGGGGAGCGCGUGGGGCUGCAGAACAUGCUCCUGCUGGACCUCUACCCCGCCCUCUCCCCCCUCGUUCUUGGCGCCCGCAAGGCACCGCCAUACCCACCUGAUGCUGAUGCUGAUGGUGGUGGCCGUGGUGCUGAUGGUGAUGCUGAUGUUAGUGGUGUUGGUGAUGAGAUUGAAGCAGGACAGGGGAAGGGGAAGGAGGGGAGCAACGUGCAGGUGCAAGGUGGCGAGCUGGUGCAGGCAGGGGAAUUAGAUGGAGCGGCAGGUGCAGGUGGGAUUCAUGAGGAGGUUAGCAUCGCAAUGCUGGAAAGCAAUUCAGCACAGGAGAGUCAAGGCUGUGGGCAGGUGAUAUCUGGGGAAGCUGCACCUGUGCUAGCUGGUGCAGGAAUGGACCAGGAGGCAAGGGCUAGUUUGAAAGAGGUGGCUAUUUAUCAGCCUGUGCUUGUAUAG